GAUGUCAAACUUGGGACAAUUUGACUCUGAUUUUUACCAAUCUAAUUAUACUAUUGAUAAUCAGGAGCAGAGUUCUGAAGAUUCUAAUGCCUAUGGACAUGUUUAUGGAUCAAGAAAACAACAAGCCAGCGAGCAGCCUCAGCCUGUCUUUGUCCCAUCAGAGAUGCUCAUGUCAUCAGGUUGCGAGGGACAAUUUUUUCAGCCAGCAUCCAACCCGGAUUAUUAUUCACAAUCUUCUUACGUUGACAGUUUUGAUGAAGAGCCUCCUUUGCUAGAAGAACUUGGAAUUAAUUUUGAUCACAUAUGGCAAAAAACCUUGACCGUGUUAAACCCGCUGAAGCCAGCAGAUGGCAGCAUUAUGAAUGAAACGGACCUCACUGGGCCCAUCCUGUUUUGUAUUACUCUAGGAGCCACCUUGCUUCUGGCGGGAAAAGCUCAGUUUGGUUAUGUGUAUGGCAUGAGUGCCCUAGGUUGCCUAGGAAUUCACACCUUGCUAAACUUGAUGAGCUCCUCAGGGGCAUCUUACGGCUGCGUGGCAAGUGUCCUGGGUUACUGCCUGCUCCCCAUGGUCCUCCUGUCCAUCUGUGCCGUCUUCUCUUCACUGCAGGGCACCUUUGGAACUGUGUUGGCUCUGGUCAUCGUUGGCUGGUGUAGUCUCUCAGCUUCCAAAAUCUUCAGUUCAGCCUUGGGCAUGAAAGGACAACAGCUUCUUAUCGCCUACCCUUGUGCCUUACUUUAUGGACUUUUUGCCCUCCUAACAGUUUUCUGA